GAAGCUGGGCGCCUGGCGGUCGGGAGUCAGGGGCCACGUCAGCGGGGCGGCCGGGAGCUUGGCGGGCCGGCUGGCUGCGCCAUGCGGCGGGGAGCGCUCCUGGCGGGCGCCCUGGCGGCGUACAUCGCUUACCUGGUGCUGGGCGCGCUACUGGUGGCGCGGCUGGAGCGGCCGCACGAAGACCGCCUCCGAGCUGAGCUGCAGACUCUGCGCCAGCAGCUGCUGCAGCGCAGCCCGUGUGUGGCUGCCCCCGCCCUGGACGCCUUCGUGGAGCGGAUGCUGGCGGCCGGACGGCUGGGGCGCGCAGCGCUCGCCAACGCCUCGGGGUCAGCCAACGCCUCGGACCCCGCCUGGGACUUCGCCUCGGCGCUCUUCUUCGCCAGCACGCUGGUCACCACCGUGGGCUACGGGCACACGACGCCACUGACCGACGGGGGCAAGGCCUUCUGCAUUGCCUUUGCGCUCCUGGGCGUGCCGGCCACCAUGCUGCUGCUGACCGCCUCGGCCCAGCGCCUGUCGCUGCUCACCCACGCGCCCCUGUCCUGGCUGAGCCGGCGCUGGGGCUGCCACCCCCCGCAGGCGGCCCGCUGGCACCUGGGGGCCCUGCUGGCGGUCGUGGUGACCAUCUGCUUCCUGGUGCCGGCCGCCGUCUUUGCCCACCUUGAGGAGGCCUGGAGCUUCCUGGACGCCUUCUACUUCUGCUUCAUCUCUCUGUCCACCAUUGGCCUGGGUGACUAUGUGCCUGGAGAGGCCCUCGGCCAGCCCUACCGGGCCCUCUACAAGGUGCUGGUCACAGUCUACCUCUUCCUGGGCCUGGUCGCCAUGGUGCUCGUGCUGCAGACUUUCCGCCGUGUGUCUGACCUUCAUGGCCUCACAGAGCUCAUCCUGCUGCCCAGUCCAUGCCCUACCAGCUUCGACGAGGAUGGGGACGAUCAGGUGGACAUUCUGGGCCCCCAGCCGGAGCCACACCAGCAAUUCACCGCCGGCUUGCACACUGACUACGCCUCCAUCCCCAGGUAGCUGGGGCAGGCGCCGCGAGGCUGCGGACCUGGCCUGCGGCUGAGGGGCCCAAGGGGCUGGACUGACAGACUAGCACGUCCACAGGCACAUGCCAGUGUUCCCGAGGCCCUGCCUCCGCUACCCGUCUGUCCUUUGUCUUACCUGCCUGAGCACCAGCCGGAUCCAGGGACCAGCGUUGCCUUGUUUCCCCUGCCCCUCCUCUCGCCUCCCUGCACACUCUGUGCUUCCCUGGCUUUCUCACCGUCUCUGUCUUUCCCUCUCACCGUCUCUUUGUUUCUCAUUCUUUUACUCACGCCAUCUGCCACUCACCACCUGCUGAUUCUCCCAGGCUCUGGGCUCAGACUUCAUUUCAGGUGCUUGAUCAGUCACUCCACUUUGGCCAAGUGACCGGCCCUCUCAGAGCCUUGAUCUCCUCAUCUGUCAAGUGGAAAGAGUAUAUUCACUCAUUCAAAACUCCCUCCUCUGUGCCAACGCAUGCUGGGCAGUGCUAGGGACAUAGUAGUGUUUCAGAUGGUCUGGGCCCUGCUCUCAUGGGGCUUGCCAUCCUGUAAGGUAGACAGACCUGUCCCACACAGUGAC